AACAUAUUAUUUGACAUAAAUACUGAGUGUCUUAGAAUCUGUGCCGUUCCUCCCCCCUUUAUAGAUUUCCACCGUCUCUACUGCGAUUCUCACAUUCAAGGAAACCAGAGUUGUUGAACCGAAGUAACAUUACCCGGCAGAUUUCUCAACACAAGAAAUAGUAUGUCCGCUGCUGCAAGUAAUCUCCCUGCGCCUGCUAGGCAUGAUUCCCAAGGAAUCCCUAUGCAUUCGCCUGGACUUAGGCUCACAACUGCUACUAAUCCCCACAAGGACAUCCAUCCUGUACCAGAUAAAUCUCAUAUCGGUCCCGAUAUCGAAGCUUACAAGGCUGCUCACAGCGACACCGUUGGUCCGCACUCGGAUAGUUGGUGGGCUCAACAAGCCAGGGAUAAUCUUACUUGGAUCAAGGACUUCAGUAUCGUCAGGACUGGCGGGUUUCCUUCUGCUGAAGAAUUGAAGGAGGAUAAUCCGAAUCCCCCGUCUACCUUGCCUAUUACCUGGUUCCCGGAUGGUGCUCUUAACGCCUGUUACAAUUGCGUCGACCGACACGCUUUCAGAAAUCCUGAUCAGACAGCCAUCAUUUACGAAGCUGACGAACCCGGAGAACAUCAAUAUAUCACCUAUGGCAUGCUCUUGAAUGAAGUUUGUCGUGUCGCUAAUGUAUUGAAAGACAUGGGUGUCGGGAAAGGUGACACUGUCACAAUAUACCUUCCCAUGACAUGGCAAGCUGUUGCCGCAUUCCUCGCCUGUGCACGUAUUGGUGCUAUUCACUCCGCCGUGUUUGCUGGUUUUAGUGCAGAGAGUUUAAGAGACAGGAUUCUAGACUGUGGCUCGACCGUGUUGAUUACCGCCGACGAAGGUCGUCGUGGGGGGCGCUCUGUAGCCACCAAAGUUAUCGCCGAUCAGGCUUUAAAGGAAUGCGGAGAUGCGAACCCUGUCAAGCAUGUUCUAGUCCUCAGCCGCACAGGUUCCCAAACCGUCGCGAACCAACACUUUACUCCCGGCCGCGAUGUUUGGUGGCACGAAGCGGUUGCAAAUGUCCCAUCGUACUGUCCCCCUGAGGUGAUGAACAGCGAGGAUGGAUUGUUCAUCUUAUACACAUCUGGUUCUACCGGAAAACCAAAGGGAAUCCUACAUACUACCGGUGGAUAUCUGCUCGGAGCUCUUCUAACCGUCAAAUAUGUAUUUGACGUCCAUCCAGGAGAUAAAUUCGCAUGCAUGGCAGAUAUCGGCUGGAUUACAGGCCACACAUACAUCAUCUACGGCCCGCUUUCACUUGGCACGACAACAACAGUUUUCGAGAGUACCCCCGUGUACCCGUCUCCCUCAAGGUACUGGGAAACCGUAUCCAAACAUGGACUGACGCAAUUCUACUCUUCUCCGACGGCAGUCAGACUGCUCAGAAAAUUAGGCCAUCAACAUGUUCAAGACCAUGAUCUGUCUUCACUCCGAGUUCUCGGAUCUGUCGGCGAGCCGAUAAAUCCUGAAGCAUGGAAUUGGUUCAAUGAGCAUGUCGGCAAGGGUGAAUGUUCCAUUGUCGAUACCUUUUGGCAAACUGAAACCGGAUCUAUCAUCGUCACUCCUCUUCCUGGAGCUAUCGAGACAAAACCUGGCUCUGCGACGGUGCCUUUCUUCGGCAUCGAGACUGAAAUACUGGACUCCUUGAGUGGGAAGCCGCUAGAGGGUGAUAACAUCGAGGGCGUUUUAUGUAUCAAAAAGCCCUGGCCUUCAAUUGCUCGGACUAUCUGGAAUGAUCACAAGCGAUUCGUCGACACUUACCUCAGGCCAUACCCAGGAUACUACUUCACUGGGGACGGCGCCGGCCGUGAUGAGCAUGGUUACAUUUGGAUCAAGGGGAGAGUAGACGAUGUCAUAAACGUUUCUGGUCACCGUAUGUCCACCGCCGAGGUUGAGUCCGCUCUGCUUCUGCACAACGGAGUCGCAGAGACUGCUGUCAUUGGAACGGCGGAUGAAAUGACGGGUCAGGCCGUCAACGCGUUCGUUACAAUGAAACCUGAAUACUCCUACGACCUCGCAACUGAGCCUGCACUUGUCAAGGAGCUCGUUCUCCAAGUGCGAAAGAUCAUUGGUCCAUUCGCGGCUCCGAAGAGGAUAUUCAUUGUCGCUGAUUUACCGCGAACCAGGAGCGGGAAGAUCAUUCGUCGUAUCCUUCGUAAAAUUGUUGCCGGCGAAGGAGAUCAGCUAGGAGAUCUUUCCACUGUUGCUGAACCAGAAGUGGUCGAGGUGAUUAAGAAGAAGGUCGCUGAUAGUAUUUCUGCGUGAUGGGGGUCCUAUUUAUCAAAGGGUAUCUUCUUUAUUUACACUAGGGAUUCGAUGAGAAUUAAAGGAAGAGAAUCAAGAUCGUGUAAUAUUUUGUAUAAUCAUUUAUGUCGUGUAUAUAUACAUUGGCUCAGGCUGUCUCUUCUAUCAAUCUAUAUU